GCGUGAAAGGCGCUGACACUUGGCCUUCAACACAGCAGUGAGCUGGUCAGGGCUGGCCGAUUAGGUACACGUCGCCGGUUGUAUGCUGUUGGGACAUGUAAAUGGAUCCUGCUUGUUGCGAGCUGACUGGACCGAACGGCGACGGCGAGGGUCAAUUGACGCCGGGCAUCCGCUUCCAAUGUGACUGUGGACGCAUAACCAGGAGCAAAACCGGUAGCUCAGUAGGCAGUUCUUGCUAGCGCCGAACAGAUACGUUUGAGGUUCUGACAUGGGAGGUUGAAGGAAGACUGAUUGUGUGGGUGGAGGUCAAGCUUGCUUUGGAGCUAGCGGCGCCGACGGAGCCGAGAGUCCGUGCUUACGAGGCGAUACAUCGAACAUUUCUACAUGGUAAAGACAUUAUUUGCAACACAGCCAUGUCUUUUGCAGCGAUCAUGCCAUUGGAACGCUUCGUAUGCCGCCAAUGCGCGAAAGCGCCUCUGCGUCGCACCUUCGCCUCCAUCUCGCAAACUCCCAAGCACGAAAUCCGUUCCAGACCAACAAACUUCGGCAGUAAGGCGAGCAGACGAUCUUACAAGACCGUGGAGGAAGCGAAGUCACGCUACCGUCUCGGACCCUUUAGCUGGCAAGCUGGCGCACUCUUUCUCACCGCGGGCAUCGGCCUGACCAUCUACUUCCGAUAUGAAAAGGCACGCAUGGCCCGGGCACGCAUCGCGGAGGCGAACAAAUCUAUUGGCAGGCCGCUGGUGGGUGGACCAUUCCAUCUCACAGAUCACGACGGCAAGGAAUUCACAGAGCAGGACCUGAAGGGCAAGUACAGCCUGGUGUAUUUCGGCUUCACACAUUGUCCCGACAUCUGCCCGGAGGAAUUGGACAAGAUGGCUGGCAUGAUCGACCGGGUGAAAGCGAAGCAUGGCAACGUGAUGAAACCCGUCUUCAUCUCAUGCGAUCCGGCGAGAGACACGCCUGAGGUUAUUAGGCGGUAUUUGGCCGAGUUUCAUGAUGACAUCUUGGGCAUGACGGGGACAUGGCAGGAGGUGAAGGAUGUCUGCAAAGCAUAUAGGGUGUACUUCUCCACGCCACCGGAUGUGAAGCCAGGCCAGGAUUACCUCGUCGAUCACAGCAUCUACUUCUACCUAAUGGAUCCGGAAGGCGACUUUGUGGAGGCGAUCGGACGGAAUUUCACAGUGGAAGCGGCUGCGAAGGUCAUCAACGACCAUAUUGCGGAUUGGAAAGGGAAGAUUGAUCGAACUUGAGCGAUAACAUUUAUCGGUGCAAGUGUGCGCCGGAGGUGCCCGCGGUUGUAUGAUAUUGUACGGUAUGACGGCUGUCCACUUCUCUGAACGAUCGUCCGAUCCUGUACUGCGGGACCACACUUGGACAGGGCGGAAAGUGAUGCUAUUGGGACUUUCACGCCUACGCUGUUGAGAGUGACACUCGCCCAAACCUAGAACAUCGGUAUGUACAACGCUAUGUGAGGGUACUCAAGCUAGGCAGUAAUGCCAUGCUUCUUGUGAAUGUCAAUCACCUUCUGCACCUCUUCUUGGCUGCCAAGGAAAAUACCGCUGCGGUCAUGGAUGUGCUCGGGCACGACGUCGAGCAUACGCUGCAUCUUGCUAUUGACGGCAAGGCCGCCGGC